AUGCAUAUUAUAGAUCCUAAUGGUGAAUCCGGGCAGCUUCCACCUGCCCUUCGAUUCAGGAUGAGUGAUUUUAGUUGGCCUGCUUUCUGUGUUUUGAAUUCCAUGGUUUACAUAUUUCUGAGUUGGGACAAGUUGGUAUUUGCCGCUGAUUUACACCACUACCCAACCACUGAUGAAUUGGGGUAUGUCACACAAUCUGAUUUACUGAGUGCCGGCUCUUUGCUUCACACGAAAUGUAGACCCAUAGCUACUCCAACCCCUGAUGGCAAAAGGAUCUUGGUGUUCUCACGACGUCUCAACUCGUAUUACCCUCUUGAUCUGCACGACUUUGAGAUAUACGACCCUCACACGCAAACCUCACGAAAACUCCCCGACUUGCCUCACGACUCAGAUGGCGAGUUUUACCUCGUCGAUUAUACUUUUUUUGGUAACUCCACUUUUGCCAUCCAGACUACCCGAGGCUUUUUUGUUAUCAAUCUGGAAUUGGAAUUGGAUUCUCUCUCCCAAGUCGGCUGGAAACUGGACCAUGGUCCUCAUAAGUCUCUUCCUAUACCUGGUUGGAGUUGCGAUCACCGAGUCUUUGUGAUAGGGGGUGCAAUAUGCCUGGAUGCAAAACGUGCGUAUGAUAGUUGCGAUCACCGAGUCUUUAUGAGCGCUUCCCUGUUCCUCUGA